CGGGUGGGCGGGCGCCAUCGCGCGGCGCGUUCUGCCGUCAUACAUGUUCCCGGCGCGGGUAGCGUUUCCUGCACUGGUGCAUGGUGGUCGAACAGGAGGAAUUGUUGGAAAUUUUUCGGAGCAGCUGAAGCAUGCUCUUGGCCCAGAUCAACCGGGACUCCCAGGGGAUGGCAGAGUUCCACGAUGCGGACGGGCAGCCGGUGACGCUCUGCCUGACGGAGGCCGUGACGGUGGGAGACGGCGAUCCAAUGGAGAGCAUGGACACCGUGAGCCUGCAGGCCGUCACGCUGGUGGACGGCUCCACGGCGUACAUCCAGCACGACUCCAAGUCCUUUUCGGACGGGCAGAUCAUGGACGGCCAGGUGAUCCAGCUGGAGGACGGCUCCGCCGCCUACGUGCAGCACGUGUCGAUGACCAAAGGAGGGGACAGCUUACAGCUGGAAGACGGACAAGCAGUUCAGCUGGAAGACGGAACGACAGCCUACAUCCACACGGCCAAAGAUGAAUAUGAGCAGAGCGGCCUGCAGGAGGUGCAGCUGGAGGACGGCAGCACCGCCUACAUCCAGCACACGGUGCACAUGCCGCAGUCCAACACCAUCCUGGCCAUCCAGGCCGACAGCACCAUCGCAGACCUGCAGGGCGAGGCCACGGUCAUCGACCCCGAGACCAUCAGCGUGCUGGAGCACUACACCACCAAGGUCGAGAACAUCGAGAACCCGCUGGGCUCCUUCGGCAGAGUGGAAGUGGACAACGGCAUCCACAUGCGGAUUGUGCUGCAGGGUCAAGACAACCGGUCGUCAAGGGCCUCACACGUCGGGGAGAAGUCGUUCCGCUGUGAAUACGACGGCUGUGGAAAGCUCUACACCACCGCCCACCACCUCAAGGUACACGAGCGCUCGCACACUGGAGACAAGCCGUACAUCUGUGACUAUCCAGGCUGUGGAAAGAAGUUUGCAACAGGGUACGGACUGAAGAGUCACUCACGCACACACACGGGGGAGAAGCCAUAUCGAUGUCAAGAGCUGAACUGCUGCAAGUCCUUUAAAACAUCUGGAGACCUUCAAAAGCACACGAGGACCCACACAGGAGAGAAGCCUUUUAAAUGUCCGGUGGAGGGCUGCGGCCGGUCGUUCACCACCUCCAACAUCCGCAAAGUCCACAUCCGAACGCACACCGGGGAGCGGCCGUACUACUGCUCCGAGCCCAGCUGCGGGCGCUCGUUCGCCAGCGCCACCAACUACAAGAACCACAUGAGGAUACACACCGGAGAGAAACCGUAUGUCUGCACCGUGCACGGCUGUGAGAAGCGCUUCACGGAGUACUCCAGCCUCUACAAGCACCACGUGGUCCACACGCCCUGCAAACCGUACAACUGCAACCACUGCGGGAAAACCUACAAGCAGAUCUCCACGCUCGCCAUGCACAAGCGCACCGCGCACAACGACACGGAGCCCAUCGAGGAGGAGCAGGAGGCCUACUUCGAACCCCCGACAGACGCCAUAGACGACCCCAACGUCACCUACACGACGGCGGUGGUCGACGCGGACGACUCCGGCUCGGAGCAGCUUCCCGUGGACGGCUCGGAAAUGAUUUGUCAUCAGCACGUUGCCUUGGUAACGCAGGAGGACGGGACGCAACAGCAGGUGAGCAUCUCCGACGCGGACCUGCAGGCCAUGGGUGGCACGAUCACCAUGGUAACCCAAGAAGGCACGACCAUCACCAUCCCGGCACACGAGCUGACGUCGCAAGGCUCCCACACGGUUACCAUGGUGACGACGGACGGCUCGGACGAACAGGUGGCCAUCAUGACGCCGGACAUGGCCGCGUUCCAAACCGUGGAGGAGGGCGGCUACGGCCACGAGCAGGUGGACAUCCACGCCGUCACCUUACUGGCCACCUCCAACGGCACGCACAUCGCGGUGCAGCUCAGCGAUCAGCCUUCUCUGGAGGAAGCCAUCAGAAUAGCAUCAAGAAUACAGCAAGGAGAGUCGCCGGGCCUGGAUGAUUGAUGGACUCUUUAUGGACCAUGAUUUAGGAUUUUUCUUUUUUUUUAAACGACAAAUAACAUCUCAAUUGGACGAUACAUCAACGAGAGAAAUCACAAGUCUUCCUCCGUGUUUUUUUUCCACAAAAGAACUUAGCUUUUAUGUGUACAUAGGAUUUUGAUAACUGGAGUUCUGCUAUUUUGUUCCCUGAACCAGAAAAGAUGAGAGGAGGGGGGGCACUUUCUUAUGUUUAUGGUGCACAGGGCAGUGUACAGCUAAUGCUAUUUCUAAUAAAUACAUUAAAAAAGUGUGA